AUGGCAUUGGACUGGGAUGAGCAUAGAGACACCAUUGUUAGGUUGUACUCGCUCAAUACGCUUGAUGAGGUGAUCAAAAUAAUGGCCAAGAAACAUGGCUUCCAUGCUGAUCGUCGGACAUAUUAUCUUAAAUUUAAGGAGUGGCGGAUUGGAAAGAGGUAUAACAGCGACAGGAUGAAUGUGCUUGAUAAUGUGCCGCCUGUGCCGGCUGGCCAUGUCGGGAGAGCUUCACAGUACGGUGAAUCAUCUGCGUCUGGGGCUUUCCUCGACUAUGCGGGGACGGAGAGCACCCAGGUUGAUGGUUAUCAUGGUGCAGGGAAUGCGUAUGCCGAGUAUGAAGCUGCCGGACAGAGUCAGAGUCAAAUCCAGGCGACGGACGGAUCAUACGACCUACAUGGUCAUCAUCACGCACCAGCUGCUCAGGGGCAGUAUUACCCGGCUGUAGACGCUCAUCAUUAUUACAAUUCUCUUCCUUCUGCACCAUUGGGUACACAUGGUGCUCAAGCUCCUCAUAACGUCAGUGCGAUUCCGCAGCCUGCCGCGCAGCCAUAUGGCCAGAAUGUAUCUGCCAAUCCUUUGCCGCCGCCGCAGAAUCGUGUUCUUCGGUCCAAUGGGAAAGCUCGAACUGGGCGAACUUCAAAGCGACAGUCUUGA